UUUUAGCUGCAGUUUCAGCCUCGUCGGGUCUUGGUCUCUAUUUCGGCUUUAGUUUUGUGUUCAUUUUUUCUGUUUUGUGUGCUCAAAUAUUUUGUUAAUUUUUGUUGUGUGACUUGGUGAAUGUUGUCUGUGCUGGUUGUGGCUCACACCAAGGAGCGCUUACCACGCAUCAAUCCAGCGUCAUUAUCAUCGUCUGCAGCAGAAGCGGAAUCAUUACCAGGGAACACCAUAAGGAGAUACCAGAAUUAUGGCAUUGCAUCACCUGCUCCUAAUGAUCGUCACUUUGUCGGCCGUGCAGGCCGUCCUCUCGCCCCCGCCUGGCUAUGAUGACGACAGCUCCCCGCUGCAGCUGCGCCUGGAAGAUCUGGAACGGGAACGACAGCGGGAACGGGAACAGGAACGAGAAUCGGAACAGGAUCUGGAGCAGCAUUUGGAUGUGAAUCGGCCGCCCCUGCUGCCCAAUCACUACGAGUGGCGGCCAGGUGUGGCGGCCAGCCUGCCGCCUAGCUAUGUGCAAGAAGCUGCCCAGCGGGAGCGGGACCUGGAGGAGCUGCGUCAACUGCAGAGGCAGCAUCAGCAGCUGAGUGCGGGAUAUGCGUUUCCCGCCCACUUGCCGGCGAGCGUUUUCUAUGUCGGACCAACAGCAGCCACGCCCACACACACGCCCACAGCUGCAGCAACAACAGCUGCAACCUCCGCGAGACUCCUGAAGCCCAUUGUGCCCUAUGAUCUCGAUCUCCAGCUGAAUGGCAUCCAGUAUCUAGGGGGCAAUGCCCUGCCCCUACCCCUGCCACUGCCCCGACCCCAGCGGCCGACCUUUGUCUAUGGCUAUACGCCGUCGCCACCCAGACUGUACGAUUCCCGACCGCCGCCAGGAGCAGGACUAGGAUUGCAACAAUCGAAGCAGUUCGCCUAUGCCCCACCCCCGCAGCGCAGCUAUGCCUCUGGCCACCGUAUACCCCUGCCCUAUCCGCCCAGCUUCAUCAGCAUCACGACGCGACGGCCCUCGGACGGCUACGGGGGCCACCAGAAGCCCUUCCGCCCCUCUCAGCCGGACCCCACGCCGGAUCUCUUCGCCGGACGCGCGUCCAAGUCGCUCCUGGACUCGUACAUACCCAGCUGGGAGGUGUUGCGCCUCCUACAGCAGACCCAGCCACAGCCACAUCCGUACAGCAGUCAUGGUCCAGUGCAGCGCCAUACCCUGGCCUACCCCGUCUCCCGUCACUUGAGGUUGGUCAAGCGGGGCUCCGAGGGGGAGACCGUGAAGAAGUCGCUUCAAGCGAAUGUUUAGCUUAAAUAUUGUGUAUAUUUUCUGUGUCUAAUUAUACAAAUACGACUAUUUAUUAAAGCCUAUCAAUAAAUGAUGAAUG